AUGGGUGAUUUGGAUUUCAGUAUCGAAAUCCACCAUGGUGGCAAAUUUAUUAACGGUGGACAACGAUUAGAGUAUUUAGGAGGAAUGGUUGUGGAGGAUUUAUAUUUUGAGGUUGAUGAAUGGUCAUUGCAAGAGAUUGUCAGUCAGCUAAAGCAACUAGGGUAUAAGGGUUUCGCUAGGGUCUGGUACAAGGAACCUGGGAUGGAUUUGAAGUCAGGUCUUAGAGAGUUGAAGUCCGAUGGGGAUGCGAUGAGAAUGGCUAGGUCACUGGUGUCAAAUUCCUACAAAUAUUGCGAGGUAUAUGUUGUCGAUGGAGCCAGAGAAAGUAAUGGGAUUCAUAUCACUUCAACUGAUGCUGAUUAUGUGCCAGAGGAAGGUGAGGACAGUGCUAAUGAUGAUGGGUUGCUAGAGGUUGAAGUGGAUGUUGAGUCAGAGCCUUCUACUGAAGAAGAGGUAUUUGAUGAUAGUGCUGAUGAUGGUGACCAUGAUGAUCAGUUUGGGUUUGAGGUGGAGGAUAAUGAUCCACAAUCAAAUGCAUUUGGGGGAUUUAUGAGUCCACUAAAUGAUGAGAGAACUGCAGCAGCUGGAACAGCUGAAGGUGAUGAAGGUUUAAGGGAGGGUGAUGAGCAAGUUGGGGGCUUAUCUGAUGGAUAUGAGACUGAUGACAUAGAUAGUUAUGAGGGGGACUCUGAUGAUAUGAUAAAAAAGAGGAGGUUCCCUAAGUACAAUGAGGCAGAGAUGAACAGAGAGUAUGAAUUUCAGGUGGGGCUGGAAUUUAAAUCACUUAGUCAAUUCAAAGAGGCUGUUAAGGAGCAUGCUCUAUUGAAUGGUAGGGACAUUAGGUUUCGAAAAAAUGAUAAGGUGAGGUGUAGAGUUGUUUGCAAAGGAAGAAAGGAAAAGUGCAAGUGGGUUUGUUUUGCGAGUAAGUUGGGGGUUCUGACUGUUUCCGAAUCAACACGUUGA